AUGGUCAGUCUACGCUCUUCAAAGCGGCAGCAGGAGAGAAAUGCGGGAAGCAGCCGAACAGCUAAGGCGCGCGCGCCGUCGUCGUCAUCGUCCGUGAAGGGCUCGCUCCGCCUGCAAUCCGACGAAAACGCGUCUCACGUUCGACAGGCGCUCGGCGACAUCAAGAACGUCGCGGCCGGACGCCGAGCUGAAGCUGCGGCGAGCGGCACGCAGAGGAAGCCCCUGGGAAAUCGCAACGCUCCACCGCAGAGCCAACAGACUCAAGCAAAGAGCAAGGCUCGGCCUGCUUCUAAGUCGGCCGCGGCUGCCAAGUCCAAAUCGCCCGCUCCCACAUCAAGGACUGCAUCGACGCGACCGAAGCGCAGUGCUGCCGAUCAAAGCGCCGAGGCAAAGCCGAGCAUCCCCACACGAGCGAGGUCUCCCAGCGUGAUGUCAGUGCAGGAAGUCAAGAGGACUGAGUAUGGGGCCUUCUCGCAUGUCGAAGUGCCCUCGACUUCGCACCUUUGCGAAGUAUCGGCGGGCGAUUCACUUUCGGCGCAGAUCGAGGCGGCGGCGCAUCGCACAGCCAAGCCGGCACCAACCCAUGCUGAGCUCAGCCGCGUGUCGCCGGCUCUCGACAGCGACGACCUCGACUACUUUGAUGCCAACAAGCUGCCCAUGCCACACGAGCAGCACGAGGCACAAGACCCGAACUCGUCGUCAAAGGGAGGUGGCUCGGAUGCAGAAUCGGCCACAGUACACGGAUCCUCGGACAAGGAGAAUCUGCCUCCACCCGCCACUCGCGCAUCUGCCAGCGUCAGGCCGCCGCCGCGCGAGCGCGCAGGGGUGUUGCAACCCUUGGAGGGCGGCCAGCCGGUGCACUCGACGCCGAUUGUGCGCGGGCGCUCUCGCGGCGCCGGCGCCGGCGCACUGUUGGAUGAUCUGUUCCUCGUCGAGUCGGAUGGCAGUCAGCCCGAUUCGCCAGGAGUCGCACGCCGCGCACCGCUGACCGAGUCCGCACAGCAGCUGCUCGACUACCAGGAUCGCGGCGUAUCCAAGGUGAUGGCGUGGAAAGCAGCGGGGCAUGAUCCGGCCGCCCGUCUGGCGCAGCGCACCCCCUCGUCUCCCGGUGGCUCGAAUGCAGACUCGUGGCCGACGGAGCCCGAGGAUGAUGUGGAUCGCGCAAAGCAUGUGGCGAGCGACGAGAGCGACGAGUUUGGCUUUUUCAUUGCCGAGCGCGAGGUCCGCAAGCGGGCGCAGGCGCCGGUCGAGCCGGAAGAACAAGACGCGCAGUCUGCGCAGAGCGGCUCGGUUCAGUGGGUGCCUGGAGAUGUUCCGACGGACCCGUUCAACGCGAGCGACGAUCGACGGCUGGCGGAGCACGCUUUUGCAGGCAUGUCGAGCCCACCACUUGCGCCAGCGCGCUACGAGACGCCGGGCUCGCAGCCAGCAUCCGUCGGUCACCCCGACAGCGACGGCGAACAUGACUCAACAGGGCAGCCAGCAGAGGAGGAUAGCGAGACGUCGCCUUCGCCACCGCCCGUGCGACGCUCCACGCGCGUGAAGCAAGAAAGACAACCGGUGGAUGACUCAGACGUCGAGGCUCCGCCGGCCAAGCGGCGUGUAGCAACUGUGACGACGCGGCGCCGCUCGGAGCGGCACGAGGCCCGUAGGCAGAGCGCAGAAUCCAGCGUUGGGCGCACGAGCAAGCCCGCGACGAAGAGGGUGGCGCGCAACAAACAGGCGUCACCGUCAUCGUCGUCGUCGGAUGUGGAGGUGGCGGGGGAGCCUCACAAGCGCAAGGCGACCAAGAAAGCAGCGCGCAAGAAAAGUGCGUCAGAGGACGAGGACGAGGAGGAGUCGCCCUUGGCGGCCAAUCUACGCAUGGAUGACUAUGUCAAGCUGCUCCCGCCGCGUCGGCGUGCCACCAAGUCCACGCCCAAGGCGCGAGCGACGGCGGCGAAGCGCAAGACCAAAGCAAAGGCCAAGGCGAAGACCACGGCCAAGAGCAAUGACGACGAGAGGGACGAGGUGGGGUCGUCGCCGAUUCACACGGACGACUCGGAGCGCACCAAGGCGGUCAAGCAGCUCAGGGCGGUCGAGGACUACAGUCUCGAGGUCGAGCUGGUGCUCUAG